AUGAUCAGCACGUUUAAGUGCCCAUUGCUGAGAAAAGGCCUCUUCUCACCAGGAGAAGGUUUCCUUGAUGACGAGACAUGGUCUCCGGUCACCGUAAGCGCGCGUCUGCGGACGGCGAGUAAGAAUAGCUCGCCGCCCGACCAGAACCAGGCCAGUCACCGCGGCCUCGGCCCAGAGCAGGAGAAGGGACGUGGGGGUUUUGAGUUAAACGUAAGCUUUACACAACAUGAUAAGGGAUCCAGAGGUAACUCUAGUUCCGUGUCAGAGAAAAGGUCAAGGUCUGUCGUAAUGAUGAAGCAUAAAACAAAGCUUGAGUUGGCGGCUAACAAGCAGAUGGAUCAUCAGAAUCUGAUGCCAUGCGGGUGUCCCAUACAGGAGGUGGGACCCUCAAUGCUGCCAUCAUGUCCAAACCAAUUCCUUCUCUUCAUGACGAUCCUAGAAGCUUACAUCAAUGGUCGUUGUGACCUAGCAGAUCCCUGCAACAGGGUUACCAGUAGAGAUCCACCUGACGAGAACUAUGACUUCAUAGUGAUUGGAGGUGGAACGGCUGGUUCAGUAGUCGCUGGAAGGUUGUCUGAAAAUCCUCAAUGGAAGGUCUUGUUAUUGGAAGCUGGUGGUGACGAGCCGACGCAGUCUGGUGUGCCAGCGUGGGUGACAGCUUACUGGUCGAGGAAUGAUACUGACUGGCAGUACUACACGGAGCCACAGGAGCGAGCCUGUCUCGAGGACGGAGGCAAAUGCUACUGGCCAAGGGCUAAGAUGUUAGGUGGCUGCUCAGUGAUAAACGGAAUGAUGUAUAUGCGAGGUCAGCCAGCAGACUACGAUGGGUGGGCGGUCAACGGAGCCACGGGCUGGUCGUGGUACGAUGUACUGCCUUACUUCCUGAGGAGUGAGGAUAAUAAGGAGAUUGGUAACGGAGUGUCUGCUGAGUAUCAUAGCCGAGGAGGACCUUUGCCUGUGCAGAAGUUCCGUUACGCGCCCCAGUUUGCUCAUGACGUGGUGUCGGGAGCUAUCGAGCUGGGCUAUCCUCCGACCACUGACCUCAACGGAGAGACCAUGACUGGAUUCACAAUAGCACAGGCGCUUAAUGAUGGUGGUACUCGCUACAGCACAGCGCGUGGUUAUAUCCGGCCUGCUUCGAAGAGAGGCAACCUGCACGUCGUGUUCAAUGCUCUCGGAUCCCGUAUCGUUGUAGACCCACUUACCAAGAAGGUCACAGCUGUAGAAUACAUCAAGGAUGGUGUUACAAAUACUAUAGGAGUUAACAAAGAGGUAAUCCUAAGUGCUGGUACGCUGAACUCUCCGAAAAUUCUUCUCCACUCUGGUAUCGGGCCCAAAGAAACGCUCGACAAGUUCAACAUCCCUACGAUCCAAGACCUGCCAGGAGUGGGACAGAAUCUGCAGAACCAUGUUGGAGUCACCCUGGACUUUACCUUGACUAAGGAGGCUAAUGUCGCUGAUCUCAACUGGGAUGUCGCUACUGAAUAUCUGUUGAGCAGAUCUGGUCCUUUAGCUAGCACUGGAAUGUCUCAGCUCACAGGUAAAGUGAACUCGCGCUACGCCUCGGCUGGUGGGCGUCAUCCAGACGUGCAGUACUUCUUUGGAGGGUACUACGCAUCAUGCGGCAAUGCAGUUGUUAUUGACCCAAAGUCUCUCGAUGAAGAGGCAGAAAGGAGACAUAUCACGAUCUCAGCAAUAGCUCUGCACCCGCGCAGUCGUGGGUACGUUACGAUCCGGUCGGUGGACCCAGCAGAGCCGCCAGUGAUGCAGCCAAAUUACUUCUAUGAGGACCACGAGCUGAAUGUGCUGGUUGACGCCGCUAGGAUCGCUUAUAGACUUGCUAACACUACUAUUCUCCGAGAAAAAUACGGUAUGGUACCGACAGAAGGUUAUGGCAGCCAGUGUGAAGGCGGUGGUCGGGAUCCCAGCGACGAUUUCUUCAAAUGUCUAGCUCAACAGCAUACAGCGCCUGAGAACCAUCAAGUGGGAACCUGCAAGAUGGGACCUGAAACUGAUCUUAUGUCCGUAGUCGAUAUGCAGCUCAGAGUCCAUGGGAUACAAGGUGAGAUAUUCUUGUAUUUUUUAUUGGAUAGGGCAACUUAG